UCUGCACUAAGGGGCAAAAAAGGCAAUCUCCUUCGCGCUUUCUCUUUCCCAUGACUAUCACUGCCGCCGUCCCAGGCGUUCAGACGCCGGCAUGUACAGCGGCGGGGGCCGCGCCUAAGCCCACCUCGGCGCCACCGCCUGCCGCGCGCUCGCUGUUCAGGCACGUGCACAUCGAGAACCUGGCGGCCGGGCUGAGUGGCGGCGUCAUCUCCACGCUGGUGCUGCAUCCACUGGACUUGGUGAAGAUCCGCUUCGCAGUGAGUGAUGGGUUGGAACUCAGACCAAAAUACAAUGGAAUUCUCCACUGUUUGUCAACCAUCUGGAAACAUGAAGGAUUGCGUGGUCUGUACCAAGGGGUAACGCCAAACAUGUGGGGGGCAGGUGCCUCUUGGGGCCUCUACUUUUUCUUCUAUAAUGCCAUUAAAGCUUACAAGACAGAGGAUAAGCUGGAAAGCCUUGGAGCAACUGAACACCUAGUCUCAGCUGCCGAAGCUGGAGCCAUGACCCUCUGUAUUACAAACCCAAUAUGGGUAACGAAAACUCGGCUUGUAUUGCAAUAUGAAGCUGGUGUUGAUCCAUCAAAGAGGCAGUACAAGGGGAUGAUAGAUGCCCUUAUUAAAAUAUACAAGUGUGAAGGUAUACGUGGGUUAUACAAGGGAUUUGUGCCUGGUCUCUUUGGAACAAGUCAUGGAGCACUGCAAUUCAUGGCAUAUGAAGAACUGAAGUCAAAAUAUAAUAAGCGUGGGAACAGACCAUCAGACUCAAAACUGAGCACUUUAGAGUAUAUCACUAUGGCAGCAUUGUCGAAAAUUUUUGCAGUUUCAGCAACAUACCCAUAUCAGGUUGUGAGGGCGCGUCUCCAGGAUCAGCACAACAGAUACUCUGGAUUAGUCGAUGUAAUCCAUAGAACCUGGAGGAAAGAAGGAAUUCAUGGAUUUUACAAAGGAAUUGUACCUAAUGUGAUUAGAGUAACUCCUGCAUGCUGUAUUACAUUUGUUGUAUACGAAAAAGUAUCUCGGUUGCUGCUUGGCUUUAAGAACGGUAACUGAAUCUUGGAAAUUGCAUCAAGGACAUGGUAAUUAAAUCACUGUCUGUUUUAAGACUUCCGUUUUUUGGUAUUCACAGAAGAAUUGCAGAAUACAACACUUUUUGUUAUGACAAUUGAAUCUGAAAGAAUUUGCCUGGACUUUUCAUUCUAACUUUGUAUCUGAGUGUUUAGAUGAAAUGCGGCAACAACUCUGCAUAUUUUAAUUUAUUCUUUAGCAAAUUGUUCUCUCUAGUCCUAUUCUGAGAAAUGCAAUGCACUCUGAAUUGUGAAAUGGCAAAAAGGUCAUGGUGUCAAAAUACUGGAAGGCACAAUAUUUGAGAUGCUACAGAUAUUUGGGCAUCAUCUGGUUAUAUCACUAAUAAACCAUGUAUUUUUGUCUACAA